AUGACGCUUUCUUCUCUUUCUUACGAAUUUCUCUUAUUUCAUAUCCUUUCUUUCUUUCGUUUAUUUAUUUCUCUUUCCUUCAUAUUUUACAUUAAUUCACUCUUAUUUCGUUUUCUUUCUUUUUUCUUUGUGUUUCUUUCUUAUUUUGCAUACUUUCUUUCUUUCUUUCUUUCUUAUUUCGUUUACUUUCUUUCUUUCUUUCUUUCUUUCUUAUUUCGUUUACUUUCUUUCUUUCUUUCUUAUUUCGUUUACUUUCUUUCUUUCUUAUUUCGUUUUCUUUCUUAUUUCGUUUUCUUUCUUUCUUUCUUUCUUUCUUAUUUCGUUUACUUUCUUUCUUUCUUUCUUUCUUAUUUCGUUUACUUUCUUUCUUUCUUUCUUUCUUUCUUUCUUAUUUCGUUUACUUUCUUUCUUUCUUAUUUCGUUUACUUUCUUUCUUUCUUUCUUAUUUCGUUUACUUUCUUUCUUUCUUUCUUUCUUUCUUAUUUCGUUUACUUUCUUUCUUUCUUUCUUUCUUUCUUUCUUUCUUUCUUUCUUUCUUCUACCACUUAUUUUAUUCUCCGAUAUUUUUAUCUUUCUUAUUUUUAUUUUCUUCUUUCUUACUUUCUUAUUUUGCAUCCUUUUAUUCUUAUUUUUCUUUCUUUCCUUCUUUCUUUUUCUUUCUUUUUUUUUACUUUGUAUCUUUUCAUUCUUAUUUUUCUUUCUUUCUUUCUUUCUUUCUUUCUUUCACACUUUCUUUUUCCUUUCCUUCUUAAUUUGCAUCCUUUCAUUCUUAUUUUCUUUAUUUCUUUUUUGUGUAGUUUCAUUCUUAUUUCGUUUUUUUCUUUCUUUUUUCUUUCUUUCUUUUUUCUUUCUUUCUUUCUUUCUUUCUUUGUGUGCUUCUGUCUUAUUUUACGUCCUUCAUUCUUAUUUCGUUUCUUUCUUUCUUUUUUCUUUCUUAUCUCGUUUACUUUCUUUCUUUCUUUCUUUCUUUCUUUCUUCUUUUCUUCCACUUAUUUUAUUCUCUCAUAUUUUUUUUUUAGGAAUUUUAUUCUUUCCUUUGUUUCUGUUUCUUCUCUAUUUAUUCUCACUGCCAGUAAUUUUCUUUCUACUAUAAUUUUUGUCUUUUUCUUUGUUUUAUUUCUUUCCCUUUCGUCUUUCUUCUUUUUUCUGUCAGUAUAUUGCUUCUGCCUUUCUUUUUCUCGUGUUCUUUCUUUCUUUGCCUUGCUUUUCUUUCUCCUUCGCUUCUAUUCUUUCUUUUUCGUCAGUACAUUACUCUUGUCAUUUGUUUUCUUUUUCUCAUGUUUUUUUUCUCUCCCUUUCUCUUUCUUUCUUUCUUUUUUUCUUUCGUUCUUUCUUUCUUUCUUUUCUUUCUUUCUUUCUUUCUUUCUUUCUUUCUUUAUUUCUUUCUGGCUGUCUCUUUUUCGUUUCUCUUGGCCCCCACCUAUUUUUCUAGAUAAUUACUUCUAUCUUCUUCCUUUCCAUUUCUCUUCUUCUAAUUCUUUCCACCUCUCUCAUUCCACCUCUCUCUCUCAUUCCACCUCCCUCUCUUUCUACUUCGCUCUCUUUCCACCUCUAUCUUUCCACCUCGCUUUCUUCCCACUUCGCUCUCUUCCCACUCUCUUUCUACCUCACUUCUCUAUUUUUGCUUCUUUUUCACUUCCUUUUUCUAUCAAUGACUCUCUCUUUCUUUCGUUUUCUGUCUUUCUUUCUUUCUCAGUCUAUCGCUGUUUCUAUCUUUUUAAUAUCUUGCUUUUUCUAUCUCUCUUUAUCUUUUCUUGCUCUUUCUCUCGUUUUUAUAUCUCUUCCUAUUUCUCAUUUUAUUCGUUUUUUUUCUCUGUUUCAUUAUUUUUCUUUCUUUCGUUUUGCUCUUUUUUUUUCUAUUUUCUAUCUUUUUCAAUUUCUUUAUUCUCUUUUUUUCUACUUUUCUCAUUCCUUCUCUAA